AUGAUCAUUCAGUUUAGAAUUGUUGACAGAGACCUAACACCUCUGAUCGGUCUAAAUGACUCUGAAACACUCAAACUCAUUGAGCUCUUACGAGAGAAUAUUGCUGUAGUAGCCCCAGCUAACCCAAGUGUCCCUGUAACUGCCAGUGAAGUGAUACCACCACUCACCUUGGAGGCAAUUCUGACUAACUACCCUCAAGUCUUUGAUGACAGUAUAGGAAAGUUUGAGGGCGAACUACAUCUUCACACAAGUAAUGAUGUCACUCCUCACAAAACAGCUCCUAGAGAGAUCCCUCUCUAAUACUUUUAAUACCCCUCUUGAACGGAUGAAAUGGAAAAGAAUGUCUUUUGGCAUCAGUGUAGCACCUGAAGAAUUUCAAAGAAGAAUUGAUGAGAAUCUAGAAGGAUUAGAAGGUGUAAAAGCCAUAGCUGAUGACAUAUUGAUCUGGGGCGAUGGAGAAAACAUUGAAGAAGCAACAGCUAGCCAUGACAAGAGAUUGCUUGCCUUGUUGGGGCGAUGCCAUCAGAAGAAUAUUAAACUUAAUAUGGAGAAGUUCUGGUUGAGGAAGACUGAGUUGUUCUACAUGGGUGUGGUCCUUACAGACACAGGAGUUAAACCUGACCCCAAGAAACAAGAAUGUAUUCAGUCAAUGCCUGCCCCAACCAACAAAGAUGAAGUCAGAAGACUACUUGGUGUUGUUAACUACCUCUCAAGAUUUUCAGAAGACUUGUCAACCAAGUCAGAACCGAUACGAGCUCUGCUGAAGAACAACAGUGCGUUUAUCUGGGAAGAAAAUGAACAGAAAUCUUUUGAUGAAAUUAAGACUCUCAUUCUGAAUGCACCACUGCUAAGAUACUUCAAUGUGGCUGAGCAAGUUGAAGUCCAAGUGGACGCAUCAUCAAGUGGUUUAGGAGUCUGCCUCAUGCCAGGCGGCCAACCUAUACAGAGACUCUGAUUAUUAAAUUACACCAAGCACAUAUGGGCACCGGGUCAACCCUUAGGCGUGCUAGAACUUCAUUACGGUGGCCGGGAAUGAACAAUCAAUUGAAACAGUUCAUUGCUACAUGUGAAGUCUGCAAUGCUAAGAACCAAAAAGAAACAAUAGUCAGUCAUUAAAUUCCUAACAGACCCUGGUCUAAAGUUGGCUCUGAUAUUUUUGAAUGGAACAAAGAACACUAUGUUGUUCUAGUUGACUAUUACAGUGACUGGAUUGAAUUUGACUUAAUGAAAAACCAAACUGCAUGUGAAACCAUUAAUCUAAUGCAAAAACAAUUUGCGAGAUGGGGAAUUCCUGAUGAGAUAGUCACAGACUGUGGUAAGAACUACGACUCAGUCGAGUUCUUGCAAUUCUGCCAACGAAAGUAGAUUAAACAUACCAAAUCUUCACCAUAUCACCACCAAAGUAAUGGAAAAGCUGAAUCUGCUGUGAAGAUUGUCAAAACUUUGCUGAGGAAAGCUGAGAAAACAAAAUUGAGUCCGUACGAAACAUUACUUGACCGGCACAACACGCCUACUCCUGGCAUGACAACAUCUCCCGCACAAAGAUUCCUAAACCAUCGAACAAGAACUGAAGUACCCAUGAAAGCGACAUUACUGACACCUGAGAUUGCAGAAACAGUGUUAGCAGAGAAAACUAAGAAACACCAAAAAUCUCAAGCCUAUUAUGACCACACUGCUAAAGACUUAAAUGAAUUAAAGCCUGGCGAUACCGUUAAAGUCAAGCCUGAAGGUCUGUUGAAAAGACAGGAGUGGAAGAAAGGAACUGUCUCACAGAACGGUGUGGAUACCGUUCAUACGAUGUUAAUGUGGAUGGUAAACUGCUCAGAAGAAACCGUGUACAUCUUAAGGAAGAUCAGCCAGUCAAAGUUACGGAACCCUCCUCAAAAUCUGGACGACAGAAACCGACAGCCGAAGACCUACCUGUAGCUGUUGUUGAAAAGAAUGGAAAAAAAAUGAAGCCACUAAAAGACACUGCAAAGGCUGCAGAACCUGCUAAAUACACUAAGAUGGACCUUAUUACUAUUAAACGUACACGUUCGGGACACUUAGUGAAAAUGCCGCAAAGAUACUCUAGUUGAACUUAAAAUUGUAAAUUUUACUGGGGGGAAGGUGUUAGAGGGUGAUAACGCUAAUGCUAGGCAUCAUGGGAAGGGGCUUGAGAGAGCGACGUUCUGUCAUGGCAUUGAGUUGAGUUACCGUCUUGUUACUGUUAGAGCUCUCACCGAAACAAAAGGUAUUGACUUCUUUGUGUGUUUGAUAUUAUGUUCACUGAAUAUGGAAUCAAUGACACUUGUUGUACCGAUCAUUUUAUAGAUACUUCAGUAUUAUUUAUAUUGCAUCAAUUAGCUUUUGUUUAAGAAGAAAGACAUUUCUAAAGACCCUUUAAAAGUUUUGUAAUACUGAUGUAAGGUAUAAUAAACAUAGUUUAUGUAGUAAACGGGUUUGCCGAUCAUUCACUUACAAAUCUUGAUUUGAGCUCACAUUAAGCAAGGUUUAACCUAGUUUCACAGACUCCAAUAGUAUCAUGGCCUACCUGUCUGUCAUAGCCUUGGCCGACAGAUUCCAGCAUGCUGACGAGCCUUCUUUUUCAAGGCCCUCGCUUUGGGUGACGUAGCCACCAGUUCGAUUCGACUCCACUACUCACCAGCUCCACCACCACUAUCCAAACUUAUCAAUACCAGUCACAGCUCCAUGGUUGAGCCCUCCACUCCACCGGUCUGCUGCAGUGUGCAGUGGACACCUGCCUCCUUUCUUUCCUCCAGGAAUUCAUCUUGGACGUCUUUGAGCGGAACCAGCCUGUUCCCGAGACAGUCACCAUUUGGAUGAAGGGAAUAAACCAAAUGGCCCUAUUCAGUCGACUAGUGAAGUCUCUGCCUUAUCUCGGUAUAGCCCUUCUUGUGCGAGACUUAGAGGACAUUUCCUGCCCACCAGGAAAACAGUUACUCCAACUCCAUUACAAUAAGGCAACCGCCAGAGACAAAAUGCACGUAUAUCUCGACUGGAUGUCCGAACAAAACCUCGGAUAGAUAUUGGUUUCCGGAACUUUUAUGUUUUUCAUUUUCACUUUGCCGAUGACGGCUAAAAAAAUCAUUAAAUUCAAACGCCACUAUAGUAAAACCCUAUGGAAAUCAAAGAUUACCUAUUACUUGAAUUUACUUCCUAACAUUCCUCUGACCUUAAUUUGAGCCGUCCUCGCUUGAUAAAGCCUUGCUGCUUUUCGCUUUGCUUUACGAAUCGCUUUAGCAAUAAUAUUUUGUACAAGAACACUUUAUUGAUUUACAUUUUGAAGGCUCUUGCCAUUUUAUCUAACGUUUGAUUACUUAGUGCUCGUUAACGCAAUAAUUCUAGAAAAAGCCAACAGUGUUUACAGCUGUCAAAACUAUCUGCCACUGACUCUUUUUAACUGGGUGCACUUAACUUCAAUUGUUGACUUUUAGAAAAAUCAUUAGUUUUCAGAAUAAUGGCUAUUAACUUUAGUUUAUCUUUUAAUUUAAGCUUUCUUUUUACUCUGUAUGACAUCUGUUAACAUUAGCACCUUCUUACAGAUGUGCCUCGCUUUAAUUGCAUUUUACCCACAUGUAUUUGCGAAUAUAACGUUCAUUAGUCUGUUGGUUACAUAGUGGCAGCAGCUGAGUUUGGGAUAUGGAAGGUUUUGGUGACUUGCAAAUUCGAAAUAAAUUUCCUUUGCUUUAAAACUAGAAAACUAGUAAUUAGUCCGCGUUUCUUCUUGUUUGAACAGACGCUAGCUGGCCUUGCAAUUUCAUUCAUAUUGUAAAAUAUUGUACAUAAAUGCUGUUUCGCUGACCUAGCAAACUUAGCUAGCUUUUGUUCCAGUACUCUUACUUUUGAACAAUAGCAACACUAACAAGCUAUAACUACCUCUUUUAUUUGAUUUUCAGUUACUUCUAAAUGAUUUCUGUUUACACAUCUAUUGUUCUCUUUUAUUUUCAGUGGUUAUUCAAACGAUAUAUAGGUAAGUUGCUUUGACCUGAUUUUUCGAUUACAUCGCCGAUUACAUUUGUGAGCUAAGUUACGCCAUGUGUACGAGAGUAAAUGCUGUUGGAACCAAAGUUCAGUUUGCCUUUGAUGUGCCAGUUAUAGUGGUUUGAUCCCGGAUCUCAAGAGAAGUGACAGCUCUUUCUCUUUCCCUCAAAUUGUUCGAAAGUGGAGAAACCUCCCAUCACAUAUAAGACCGAAAGACUCAAUAACCAGAAGACUUCAGAUCAAAAGUAACAUUUCGUUUUCAUUACUAUUUACUAGCAAAAAAACAUCAUACAUUAUUAAGACAAUGCUGAUAAAAAAAAAAAAACAGUACAAACCAACUUCUUUUUUCCUGCAUAUAUGUAUUUGAAAAAUACAGCAAACAAUUGCGUAUAAGUGGUACUUUUUUGUGCCGUAAGUGCUCAAAGCCGUUUAUCUAUUUAACAAAUUGGGGAGAUAACUAAUAAGAUUUUCUUUGUCACUGCCAGACUUACGUAGUAAUCACAGCAAGUGUUAGUGCUAAAUCUUAAACAAGGAAACUGUUCUACUGGUUGUCACUUCUCAUGUUUACUUUAGUAUCAAGGCUUAAGAUAAUUUUCAAGCUGCUUGGGGAAAUAUGCAAGUUAUUUUCUGAGAUUCUUAUUGAUACAUAGAUUAAGUCCAUUUUGAUCUGGUCAGUCGGCAAUGUAUUGAGAAAAUCAUUUGCCUCUGAUCACAACCGUUUGAAGAAAAAUAAAACUUAAUUACAAUGUACACGAGUGAACUGAAACUUUAAGAAUUGUUGCAUUCUACAAAAACAAAAACCGUGAAAGUGUCAACAAACCAAUCAAAAUUUACAACAAGAGAGAUAAACCCAUUUAUUAUUAAAUGUUUUGUAGUGUGAUGGUAUGUGACAGGUUAUGUUUUCGCUUUUCGCUGUAGUCAUGGCAAGUAACCAGAGUUGGGAUUAUAAUGGCAAACUAAAAAAAUGCCAAUCACACUUACCAUACCUUUUACUGUCGUAAACUUGCCACAUAGUUAACUUUCUCCAAAAUGCAAUGUGAUGUAAACCAGUAUCAUUAAACAAAUAACUGGUGUAUAAUUUACGACCAAAAUGCUUGAAAAUAUAAGAGGUUAUCUUUCAAAGGUACUGACCUUCCUUCUAGCAUUACUCUAAAUUCACUGUAAAAGGGAACAAAUUCUUACCCUACAAACUGUCGCCCUACAAUUAAAACCCCUCAACAACACUAGUUAAUUGUUAAAUGUAACAUGUGACGUUUGCAGUUUUGUUAUACACCCACCAAAACUUCAGCCUUCUAAAAAGUGAACUCUAAUGCAUUUCUAAUGUCAUUGCCUAUACAACUACAAGAAUGCGGGUGAAAAAACGCAGUAAUCCGGCCAUGUUUUCCCACGGCCACGUUUAUUAACAAAGUAUUCUUGUACGUAGGAGAAAUAAGAAACCAUUCUACCCACUUAAAUUCUAUAUCUGCUUAACAAAACGUUGCACUUAUCUUUGAAAAAUAUACCUUCUAGCAUUACUCUUUUAACCUUUCAUUUACUUACAAGGGACGAGAUUCUUAUCGUAAAAAAUGUUGCAUUUAAUCUGUUGUAAUGUACCUUGUAAAAUCAUAAACCAAUAAGAAUUUCUAGAAAGCAUGUGCCUAUUUUCUGGGCGGUACGCAAAAACAAACAUAUGCAGAUUACAGUACAAAUUAAUGGCUAAAAUAAUAUUUUGCAAUUCAGGGUGAAGUAUGGUUUAAAUGCAAAACACGUGUGUUACUGUUCUGCUUUGCACUGACAGCUGUUAUUAAUUUGGAGUAUAUUCUCUUUUUGUCUUUAUUGGCAAUUAUUAUUUUACAGACAAGUGGAGUACUCAAUCCUGAAAUAAGCAAUCACUAUCUGACCUAUCAACUUGUGAGGAAUAAGAUAUCCCAAUAUCGCCGCAAAGCGGUAUCUUUCAAAACUACAAAGGCUCUGGAUAUUGAUAAAUUUAACAAGGAGCUCAUCACCACACCUUGGGGAGUAAUGGAUAUCUUUCAUACGCUAGCAGACAAAUGUAAUUACAGGGAAUCACUUUUCCACUAGGUAGUAGAUACACACAAAUGCAACCUAUAAUACAACCUACAUAAUGUGGACUUCCCUAUCCGCAGAUAUAGCACUGUUUCUUAUGGAAGACAUAGUAUAAGGCAUCUUGAACCCUGUCUUUGAGGUAAGAUGAAAAGAGACCUUUGCUGUAAACCUAGCGUACAAUCUUUUAAGAGUGCGAUUCACACCAUGGACAUAACUAAUGUUCUAGAUUGUAGCUGUAAUUGCCAGGCUUGACUUUCGUGAAAGAUUUAACUCAUUAUUAUACUAAUGACUAAUAACACAAGUAAGUAGUUCCUAGGUUGUUAUAGUUUUACUGAGCUGGAUCUCAGUCAUGCCUACCAACAAGUGGUUCUGGUUAUUAAUUUUAGCUAUAUCAUUUUUAUUUUUUAAAUACUUAUAUCUGGUGUCCCCAAUUAGCUUCAUUAGAUAAAUACUCUUGACAUGCAAAUAAGGUUCAUCAUCAUCACCACCACCUUUGUUUUCAGUUGACUACUACUACUACACAUGUAACUAGCUACUACUAGUUUGAAGAAUAAAGUAGUCAAAAAAGUGGUAGAUCCCAUAGACAUUUUCCCAGUUUGUCUUCAAUCAAGUAGAGCCCUUGCCCAUGGUGCAAGACAGUCAACAUUCUAAUCAUCCUGAGGACAUACACUAAAGGCCAACCAACCACAGAAGAGAUCAUCUUGGUGUCAGGAACACGAGGAUGACUGACAACAAAAUGGAGCGACCAACUGUCUUUGAAAACCUGUACUCAAAGAAAAGAGUUCUUACGAUAAGGUACAUCUUUAUUUUUUAUAUUUGGUUGGAUAUGAUGAUUGUGUGUGGACCCCACGUCGCAUUGUCUGCAUGACAAAGAGUCUAAGGGCAUGAAAAAACUAAAAGCUGAUUUAGGGUCUGUGUACAUGGAGGGAGGGUAACCCUCCUAGAAGGGUCAAUAGAUAGCCCCUGUUUACAUGUGUAGGGUUAUCCCCGGGGCUAUCUCUGCCAACAAAACCGCAGAAACCUGAAGCCAUCACGCGGUCGCUUAGCAUGUAAACAACAAAAUGGCGGACAAAUGAGGUGUUUUAGCGGUAAACUCAAUUUUGCUCGCGCUCACAUCCUUAGCGGCGGCAUUUCAGUGCUAUGGGUUAUUGUUUUUAUUACUACCGAAAGAAAGACGUCGUCAACAGCAAAUGACGCUACAGGCAGCUCACCAGUACAAUGCAGCAGUGGCACGACUCAGAUACGUACAAAGGAGAGCAGUUUUCCGGCGAGGAAGACUUUGA